AGCUAAAGCUGCAGGAUGCAGACUCGGGAUCAGCCGCUGGCCCUCACUGUAGCACAGCCGCUCUAUUUUACAAACGGCAAAGAAGAAGAGGUGAACACAGAUGCCGAGUCCAUGGAGGAGGAGUUCAUCUGGGAGGAGUAUAUGGAGGAGACGGGAGCCGACGCCGCCCCUCACACCACCUUCAAACAUGUGGAAAUCAGCCUCCAGAGCAGCUUCCAGCCGGGUAUGAAGCUGGAGGUGGCCAAUAAGGGCAGCCCAGAGACCUACUGGGUGGCCACCAUCAUCACCACAUGUGGCCAGCUGCUGCUGCUGCGCUACAGCGGCUAUGGCGACGACCGCAAGGCCGACUUUUGGUGUGACGUCAUGACAGCCGAGCUGCACCCGGUAGGCUGGUGCUCCCAGAAUAAGAAGACGCUAAUGCCCCCCGAAGAUAACAUUUACCUAAGAAAAGCGAUCAAAGAGAAGUACAGCGACUGGACAGAGUUCCUCGUUCAGGACUUAACGGGGUCCAGGACAGCACCGGCUAACCUGCUGGAAGGGCCUCUGCGAGGUAAAAACACGGUGGAUCUGAUUGUCGAGGGCUCCGUCUUGGAGCUUCAAGAUGUUUCGGACCCCUUCGUUUACUGGCCGGUGCGAGUCAUCCAGAACAUUGGAGGGAGGCUCUGCCUGCGUUACGUCGGCCUCACUAAGGACCACCAGACUCAGGACAUUUGGCUGUUCUACUUGGACAUCAGGCUCCGCCCCCUCGGCUGGGCCCUCGAAAACAGUCUGACUUUAGAACCACCAGCAGACCUCAGGUCUCUGAAGAGUGCUGCCGACUGGCAGCAGGCUCUGGAGGACGCUCGAGUCGAUGGGCAGAAGAAUCCACUGCCGCUCGAGGUUUUUAAGGACCACGUAGACCUGCCCGAGCACUCCUUUAAGACGGGCAUGAAGCUGGAGAUGGUUUCUCCGUGGGAGCCGCUCCAGAUCUGUCCCGUUUCUGUCACCAAGGUCCACAGUGGGAGCUACUUCCAGGUGACGCUGGACGACCUCUCUGCUGAAGCCAAGCCUCGGUCCGUGGUGUGUCACGCCAACACGCCUGGCAUCCUGCCGGUCCAGUGGUGUCUCAAGAACACGGUGGUUCUGGAGAGGCCUCGGGGCUACGAUGGUCUGGACUUUGACUGGGCGGACUACCUGAAGCAGAGCGGGGCUGAAGCGGCUCCCGACACCUGCUUUCCUCAUACAUGGCAGAACAGAAACUUUGCCAAAGACAUGUGGCUGGAGGCGGUGAACCCUCGGCGGCCGGCGGAGGUGUGCGUGGCUCAGAUUACGCAGGUUAGAGGACGUCUGCUGUGGCUCCGACUGGAAGGUGUGGCGAAGCACCUGUCCGAGUGCAUCGUGGACGUGGAGUCCAUGGACAUCUUUCCUGUUGGCUGGUGUGAGGCCAACGCUUACCGUUUAACCUCGCCGCUCAAACCUGUCUGCCAGAAGCAGAAGAAGAUAGCCGUUGUCCAGCCAGAAAAACAGUUGGCUCCGUCCCAGCCGCCAGAGACGACUCCUGUGAACCACUGCCAGCCGGUCGUCAUGGAUCCAGGCUCAGCUAACGGACGAUACUGCUGCUCCAAGAUUUUUGUCAACCACCGCUGCUUCACAGGCCCCUACCUCAACAAGGGACGGAUCGCAGAGCUGCCGCAGGCUGUUGGACCCGGCAAAUGCACGCUGGUCCUCAAAGAGAUGUUGAGCAUGCUGAUCAAUGCUGCCUACAAGCCUGGGCGAGUCCUAAAGGAGCUGCAGGAGCUGGAGGAUCCGAGCUGGGACUGCCAAGAGGAGACCCUCAAAGCCAAAUACAAAGGGAAAACCUAUCGCUCCACCAUCAAGAUUGUUCGUCUCGCAGAGCAGAUCCCAGAUUUCUGCAGAAAGGUGUGUGUGAAGCUGCAGUGCUGCCCGAACCUCUUCAGCCCCGUCCUCGUCACUGACAAGUGUCCCGAGAACUGCUCCGUCCAGACGAAAACCAAACACACUUAUUACUAUGGGAAGAAGAGGAAGCUGUCCAAACCGACGGGCGGGGAGGAGGCGGUGGAGGGAGACCUGGCCAAGCGGACGCGCCGCCGGAAGAAGAGGAAGGCCAUCUUUGUGCAGAAGAAAAGACGCUCGUCAGCUGUUGACUACGCUCCUGCAGGCUCUCCGCAGGACAGCUAUGAGGGAGAGGACGAUGAAGACGUGGCGCUGCAGUCGGGCAGCGAAGGCACCAGCUCGGAGCCUCGCGACGAUCACGCAGACGCCUUGUCAGCGGAGGUGAGCAGCAGCAGCCGUCCUCGCCGAGCCGCGACGCUUCGCGGGGCCUUCAGCGCCAGGAAACUCACGGGCGGCCAGGAGGAUCCAGGGGGCCGCCGGCGGUCCACCCGGUCGCUGUCAGCCCACAACAACAACAAGCACCAGCCUCCGAACGGACAGGACGUGAAGGUGGAGGAAGACGACACUCAGCUGGUUUUAGACAGAAACCCUCUGGAGUGGAGCGUAGACGAAGUCGUCCAGUUCAUUAACGCCACGGACUGUGCGUCGCUGGCUAACAUCUUCAGGGAACAGGACAUCGACGGCCAGGCCCUGCUGCUGCUGACUCUGCCCACAGUCCAGGAGUGCAUGGACCUGAAGCUCGGACCUGCCAUCAAGCUGUGCCACCAGAUCGAGCGCGUUAAGGUUGCCUUUUACAAACAGUACGCCAACUGAGUCGAGACUCGGUGAGAGAGCCCCCAGACUCCCACCCAGUCUGGACCAAAGCUGUACUCGUGCACAUCUGGGGGAGGGGAAUGGAUCAGCUGCCUCCUCCUCUCCUCAUGGAAAUAUUUUUAGUAGUUUUUUCUUUAAUUCCAAGUACUCUUCUUUUUCUUUUUUUUUUAUCUGUUAUUAACAAGCACAAACCGGGUGAACACGAGAAGAAAUUCCCUACGAGUUCUUGAAGGCAACAUUUCUGGGAAACGUUCUGUCUGCAGAUCUUUAUGCAGAACCCAAAACACAAACUUUGAACUCCCUGCUGCAGCGAAACCAAACACGAGAAACCACCUGGGAGUUCUGCUGAUCUGUGAAGAAGCUACUUAGAGAAGAAAGUAUUAAUUUAAUUUAAUUUGCCACAGAAGGACAUCAUAAUUAAUAAUAUCAUAAAGGACUUUUAUUUUUGUGUGUAAUUGGUUCCUAAAAAGUAUAAUGAAUGAGUAUUUAUCAGAACAAGAAGUAAUAUAUUUGCAAUAUUUAUUGCUAUCCUUAGUUUUAAGGACCAAUCUAUCAAUUUAAAAGUAGAGGUAAAAA